GUACAAUCAAACGUAAUCGAUAUGACGACACGAACUUUAUAAAUGAAAGGAGCCUUCGCUGCAGCCACCAGUUGAAACUGUCGAACCCAUCUUGUAAAACGUUCGGCUACAGUGAGAGCCAACGUUAAAAAAACAUCGAAAAUCCUUAGUCUGACUGUGUUGUGUUACUUCACAUUUUGUGUCGUCCUGAGUGUUAUUGCAGGAUUACAUAAAAAUGCCCUGUCCGUUUUUGGGAUCGUUGAAUCAAGCAUUCACCAGAAAUUAUGGAGCUGCUCUUAUGAAACAAUACGGAAGUUUCUGUCCAGUGAUCUCCCGUGGAUUCCGCUCUCUUGGCAACGACGAGACGAAAUGUCCUUUCAUUCAGGACAACGCUAUUGUGUCGGAGGCGCCCAAGGAGAUGUCAGAAGAUAUUGUGGAGUCCAUUCCGCCUUACAAGUACGAAAACUUCUUCCAUGAUCAAAUCAGUGCCAAGAAAAGAGAUUACUCAUACAGAGUAUUCAGGAAGGUGUCCCGAUUAGCAGCUGAUGGGAUAUACCCUCAGGCCUUGGAAGGCGCUGAUAACCGCCGUGUAACAGUCUGGUGUGCUAAUGACUACCUUGGAGCUUCCCGCCAUCCUCAAGUGAAAGAUGCGGCUAUCAAUGCCAUAAAAUCCUACGGUACUGGGGCAGGCGGCACGCGUAACAUUGCUGGCAAUUCCCAAAUGACCGAAAAACUCGAGGCAGAGAUUGCUCAACUUCAUAAGAAACCUGCUGCAUUGAUUUUCAGUUCUUGUUUUGUGGCAAAUGAUGCAACAUUGUCAACAUUGGCUAAGAUUUUACCUGGUUGUAUUGUUUACUCCGAUGCUGGGAAUCACGCCUCCAUGAUACAAGGUAUAAGAAACAGCCGGGCACCCAAACAUAUAUUUAGGCACAAUGACCCCAAUCACCUUAGACAAUUAUUGGCAGAGUCCCCUGCUGGAGUCCCGAAGCUAGUCGUGUUUGAGACUGUCCACUCUAUGAGCGGAGCUAUUUGUCCUUUGAAGGAAAUGUGCGAUAUUGCACAUGAAUAUGGAGCUUUAACUUUUGUUGAUGAAGUACAUGCGGUAGGAUUGUACGGGAAGCAUGGUGCUGGCAUCGCAGAGGAAAGAGGACUGCAAGAUAAGAUAGACAUAGUGUCCGGCACACUCGGUAAAGCAUAUGGGAAUGUGGGAGGCUACAUUGCUGCAUCAUCUCUUCUCGUGGAUACAAUAAGAAGUUAUGCCCCAGGGUUUAUAUUUACUACAGCACUACCUCCUCCCGUGUUAGCUGGGUCACUAGCCGCUAUUAGACUCCUCGCUAGUGAGGAGGGAAGAAACUUGAGAGCUAAGCAUCAAUCCAUAGUGAGAUACUUGAAGUUGUCAUUGCUGGUGGCUGGUUUACCGCAGUUACCAUCUGUGAGUCACAUUGUUCCUGUUCCCAUAGUGGGGGCCGACAAGGUGGCACUGGUGGCAGAAUCUCUUAUGAAGAGAGGACAUUACGUGCAGGCGAUAAACUACCCGACGGUGGCGCGCGGGGAAGAACGUCUGAGAUUCGCGCCCGGGCCGUAUCACACGCCCGUUAUGAUAGACAGCCUCAUCACUGCCCUGACGGAAGCAUUCCAUGAAAAUAAUAUAAGAUUCAACGAAUUUAUGAAGAACGGCACUUGUCGUGAAUGCAGUAUGGAGUACAAGGUUGACAUCAAUCUUGACGAAGUGCGCUACACGGCGCAAGUAGCUUAACCCUCGGCAAGGCCAUGACAUUCGCGCGCGCAACAUGAGAAAACGCUAAAAAUAUGUUAAUCGGUGUUAUAUAGUUUAUGGAGUUAUUUUAUGGUUCGUGGUUCUUGGUAGGGGUGAAUUAAAAAUUCGUAGCAAAUGA